AUGAAUACUCGCCCGUGCUUGGACGCGUUGAUGUUCAUCCGUCGACUAGGUAUUCCUAAAAGUUCGGCAGCCUUCCAACGCAGGUGGAAGCUGACCGAAGUAGUAAAGAGGCGUGCUGAUAGCCCCCAGCUUGAAGUAGUAGAAAGGAAAACAAGUUUGUCUAGAUACGAGUUUCCGCGGAACCCUGACGCCCUUCUCGUGGAAGGCUCUCGUCUAAGACAGGGAGAACGCAUAUAUCAAUGGAUAUCUAUAGUGUUCCCUGCUAUCGCAUUCACUCUCGCCUUAGCCAUCCCUGUGGGACUGGUUACCACAUUUAUGUUGAAUGGCAAGAUAAGGUGGGCAUCAACAAACAUGAUUGAGAGUUUUAGUAGGAGUAAUACACCUCCAAAACGUAUUGAGAAGCUUGUCUCGGCACGAGAUCUUGCAAGAUUGGUAUACGCUAAAACGCCAACCAUUAUAUUAUAUUUCACCCCUGGCGGGACUGAUGAUGUGGCCAACAGGGUAAAACUGCAUUCUAUAUUACUUAAGGAAAUAUCUACAUUGAAGGGGUCCCCUUUGAAUGUCUUUCGCGUGAACGUCACGGAAGAGCUUCACAAACUCAAUCCGUUACUCAGGGAAGAGAUCAGGCGUUCACCUGGGAUGUUGAUGCAUUUAGUCAUCCCUUCUGAGGGCGAGUCAUAUGUUAUGCCUCUAUUACCGCCAGUGUCGGUAAAGUCAUUUGUCUCACAACUUUCCAAGAUCCUGGACCACGCCAAUAUAAAAUUCGCCAAAGAGGACGAAACGAUAACGCAGUUGGAUGAAAAACUUGCAAGUGUCAAACGUUGCAUGUUCGAUCUUACCAUUGACGGGAAACUGCAAUUCUUAGAGGGACAAAGUCUCACGCAAAUGGAACUGCAGUGCAAGAAACUUCUUGCAAUGACUAAGUCACCGCCCCAAACAUCAUGA